AUGAAAUCCCUUCCAAUUUCCCUACAUUGUGUUGCUCUAGCCUUCCUUGUAAUGUUCAUGACCAAAUUCCAAACAACUCAAGCAACCGGUUUUACCAUCGAUCUUAUACAUAGAGAUUCUCUACACUCCCCAUCCCUCUACUAUUCCUCCGAACGCAUCAAGAACGCGAUCCUAAGAUCGUUCGACCAUGCCAACAACCUCCUCGCCCGACCCAACUUGCCCUCUGCUGACAUCAUCUCCGACAGAGGCGAGUACCUCAUGAAAUUCACCCUCGGCACGCCAGGUGUCGAGACCCUGGCCAUCGCCGACACAGGCAAUAACAGCUGCAACAGUCUCCCAUCACCAGCCGUAACUGACUCUCGGACUUCCGGUGAAGAAGGCUUCCAACACGGCAGAUUAGAUAUAUUCGGCUCCGUGCCGAUUGUGGGCCGCCGGGGAAUUUUUUUUCGAAACAGAGGCAGAGGAAGAUGA